AUGAAACGGACAGAUUCCUUCGAUGAUUCCAAAAGAAUAUUUAUGGAUUUGGAAGUAAUAUCAAAAUGUGGGGAUUGUCCUUUUAUUGUAAAAUAUUUUGGAUAUAUUUUAACUUUUGAUUAUCUGUAUAUUUGUAUGGAAGUUAUGUCUACCUGCCUUGACAAACUUUUAACUAGUAGACAAAAAUCUCGUCCACCUGAUCAAGUUGGUCUUCCAGAAGGAAUUAUUUCUCAAAUUGCUUUGAGUGUUGUCCGUGCUCUUGAUUAUUUGAAGGAAAAACAUAAAAUUAUGCAUCGGGAUAUCAAGCCUUCUAAUAUUUUGAUGGAUUAUUAUGCAAUUACAAAAAUUGGUUGUAUGGGUUAUUUGUCACCCGAGAGAAUUUAUUCUGAUGAUCCUCAUUAUGAUGUUCGUGCUGAUGUUUGGUCUCUUGGAAUUACUCUUGUCGAACUAGCCACAGGAAAAUUUCCUUAUGAAAAUAGAGAAGCUUUUAAACUUAUGAUUGAAAUAAAAGAAAAAAAUGCGCCUCGUUUAACUCCAGAAAAAGAUGGACUUUCUCCUGAAUUUUGUGGGUUUAUUGCUGAUUGUCUUCAAAAGGAUAUGGAGUUGAGACCAAAAUUUCGUGAAUUAUUGGAGCGCCCAUUACUUCAAAAUGCAGCUACAACAAACUCAGACGUUAAACUUUGGGUUGAAAACCCGACAGAAUAUGCUAGACUUUAUGGGAGGAAUUAA